AUGACCUCUCAGUUAGACCACACCAUGACCUCUCAGAUGGACCACAUCAUGAACACUCAUAUGGACCACACCAUGACCUCUCAGAUAGGCCACACCAUGACCUCUCAGAUGGACCACAUCAUGAACACUCAUAUGGACCACACCAUGACCUCUCAGAUAGGCCACACGAUUACCUCUCAGAUAGACCACACCAUGACCUCUCAGUUAGACAAUAUCAUGACCACUCAGGUAGACCACACCAUGACUACUCAGAUAGACCAUACUCUAACCACUCAGAUAGACCACACCAUGACCAUUCAACCACACUGUGACCUAUCAGAUAGACCACACCAUGACCUCUUAGAUAGACCGUACCAUGACCACUCAGUUAGACCACAUCAUGACCUCUCAGAUAGACCACUUCAUGACCACUUAGUAAGACCACAUCCUGACCACUCAGGUAGGUUUCAUCACGGCCACUCAGAUAGAUUUCAUAUUAACCGUACAGAGAGAGCUCUUUCUAGCCACUCAAGGAUAGCUCAUGGUGGCCACACAGAGAGAGGUAAUCGAGCCCACAGAGGAAGAGCUCAUGAUAACCAGAGAGGGUUAGCUCAUCACAACCAUGAUGGCAGAUCUCAUCGUGACCACUCAGGGAGAGCUUAUGGCCAUGCAGGGAGAACUUUUAACAACCGAUCAUGGAGAGCUCGUAACAACCGAUCAUGGAGAGCUCGUAACAACCGAUCAUGGAGAGCUCGUAACAACCAGUCAUGGAGAGCUCGUAAUAACCAGUCAGGGAGAGCUCCUAACAACCAGUCACAGAGAGCUCGUAAUAACCAGUCAGGGAGAGCUCCUAACAACCAGUCACAGAGAGCUCACAAUAACCAGUCACAGAGAGAUCAUUACAACCGCUCAUGGAGAGCUGGUAGCAACCAGUCAUGGAUGCUUCAUCAAGGAGAAAGAUACCAUGGUCGAAGAGGAAGAUUUGGAACAAGGGGUGCAUCACCACCAGAAUCUGAACCUGAAAUUGACAGAUUUUCUACAGUAAGAGAAACAACUGAAUAUUUAUGGGCACAGGAACAGCAAAGAAAUGAGAUACUUGAUCUGAAUGCAGGGCUAGAAGAUGACUCCAGCAGCUCUGAAGAGAGUGACACAAGUUCUGACAGACUAAUCUGUCACUUCAUGCUAGAUUCACCAUACUAA